UCAAAAGUUAGUUUAAAGCGCAAGUCAUCCAAGUCAUCCAUUAUCUUAUAGCUGCGAGAUGGACGCUGUUCACAUGAACUGCGGGCGAGCCAGUCGUACGUCACGAAUCGUUCUCACCACAACAGAAAAUUAAUUAACUUCACGGCAAUUUUGCUUUGAACCUAAAGCGCGGCAAAUUUUUUCAAGUUAUGCAAUUUUUGGCGACAGUUGCAGGAAACCCGAGACAUAACUAACAGCUUUGCGAUCGAAUGUAUCACGUACACACAUUCUGAAAGCUUUUAUUGAAAAAUGAUCUUCGAUUGAAAAACGACCUUGGAAUAUCUGAUCGAAGUUAUCGUAUCGUCUGCCCUUUUCCAAUCAAGGGCAUUUUUUUAUUUAUAAGUUUUCGUAUAUCUCUAGUGACCGCAAACGGCCGGCAUAACGUCGAGUUACAUGAAAUAUACGCAGAACUUUUAACAGAAAACAUUGUAGCGGUCGAGAUGCAAGCUUAGCGGUCAUAAACGCAUUUUCUUUAUCAAUUUAACACAGUCUUUUUCAGGCGAGCCUGUGGCUUUUCCAUGCUGCGUCAUAUGAAUAAUAUAUGAUUUAACGGCUUCAGCAAAUGCAUAAAUAAUUAGUGUAAUACAUAAAAGGUAACAAAACGGGAUAUUUUAUCACACAUUAGACUGAAUAUUAUACAAACCUAGGCACUGGCGCUAUAGUUCCCCGACACGCUAGUGCAGUUUCGAAAGAUGAAGUUGCUGCCGAGAAUUAUCAUCAUGUUUGCAGCAGUUCGCUGUGGGGCCGUUAGAGCAGAAGAAAAUGCCACAGAUCCAUUCGAUGUCCUCACGAAAGGAUACAAUAAAAAGUUACGGCCAAAUUUUGAAGGUUCUGCAGUCAAAGUAAUUGCAAGUGCUUAUAUCGUGGCUGUUGACAACGUCAACGAUGUAAAGUCGGAUUUUACGGUGAAGAUGUAUUUCUCACAAUACUGGAACGACAGUCGGUUGGUAUUCGGUAAUAAGCUAAAAGGUCUCACGAACAAAGGCAGUCUGAGGGUCACUGGAGAGAUUACGAAAGAUUUAUGGACACCAGAUACUUACGUCGAGAACGAGGAGAACAUAGGAUCGCAUAAAAUUUUCUCAAGUGUGAAGAUUUCAAAAUAUGGAGAGAUUCAUAUGAGCCAGAGAUUAACGGUGAAGGCUAACUGCCCAACCAUGAACCUCAAGCUGUUUCCACAUGAUGUGCAGACUUGUGAUUUACUUCAGACGAGUUAUGCAUUUCCUAACACUGAACUAACGUACGACUGGAGAGAACAGGAUCCAGUUAUUGUUGGAGAGAGUUCAAUAGCCACACAAUACGUACUUGAGGAAACCAUCACAAGAACUGAAGAUAUAUUUUUCAAAUCGUCAAACGCUAGCUGGUCCUAUUUGAAGCUUGAAUUUAUACUCCGACGAAAAAUUGCGUAUUACAUUAUCCGAAUAUAUUUGCCUGCAAUCCUGGUCACUCUGACGUCGUGGAUUUCUUUUUGGGUCGAUCCGAAUGCUAUUCCAGCACGUCUCUCUCUGUGUGUGAUCACAGUACUAGCAAUGACCACCCUAUCCUACAGUUCACAGUCUAUGGUACCAAGUGUACCAUAUGUUAAAGCAGUGGACAUAUAUCUCAUCAUUUCCUUUUUCUUUGUGUUUGGAUCACUGAUGGAGUACGCCAUACUGCUUAACAUAAGACUACGAUGUAUUGCUAAAGGCAAUCGGGAACGCGCUGGAAAGGCUGAAGAGAUUCCUCUGACGAAAAAGGGCAAAAAUGGCGAGGAAGUUGAUGUUGAAAAUGGAAAGGAAAAUGGAUGCAAUGGUACUGAAAGUGGAAAAGAAUCUACCAGGAAACAUGGAAGAUUCUCCACUUGGACAUUGGAUACAUACAGUUCAGUCCUAUUUCCCGCAGCUUAUGUGGUUUUUCACAUAAUAUUUUAUUCAAUUAUAUUAGCUUGACUUUAAGAUCCUGCUGUGACACUCAGUUCUUGAGGGAAAUGAAAGAUGCCAUAUAUAACUUCAACUAAUGCAAAAACAUAUUACAAGAACUACAAAUGGUUUUGUGGUUACAAAACUACAAAUAGACUUGCCCUCAAAAAACAUAUAUCAUAUUUUUCUAUAUAUGCUCAUACAAAGUGGAUUUAAAGAUCUUGACUUUUAAGAGAAAAAUGUGUUCAGGAUAUGUUUUGGAGUUGAAGGUUCUUCUAAUAGAGCAAGGUGUAGCUCUGAUCGAAAGUUAUAAUACAUCAUUUAGAAAUUUAUAUUAUAUAUAAGAACAUUAAUUGAUAUCAACAAUUGACUAUUAACGUAUAGAGGGUGGCAAUUAGAAUAGUAUUUUUGCAAUUAGAAAAUAUAUUAGCAACAAAUCUUUGUAUAAACACUAUUUAGAAAAGUCUGGACGAAAUCAAUCACAGCUUGAUUUAAAUUAACUCGGGGAUAUUUAGUAUAAAUAUUUAAGAUUUUCAGUUUUUCUAAAUACAUAAAUAUUAGAUAGUUAAAAUGUAAAUAAAGCUAGAUAAACCAGCAGAAUACCACUUACCUAACACAUAGAAUUGGAAACUGUGAACCCCAUGUUCUAUUUUCACAAAUAAUCUGUCUGAGAUCUCAAGUCUCAACUUGGCC